AUGAUUUAUGGGAAACUAUAUAAAAUUAAUAUUGGACUGAGUUCUAAAUCCCAUUCUCAUCUUGUUGUAGAUACCUUAGCUAUUCCAAGAAGAGUAGCAAUUAAGAAUUCAACUAUGCAAUUAACGCAUUUAGCAUCGACAGCCGCCGUGAAAAUGCUUCCGUCGUACGUUCGAGCAGUGCCAAACGGAAAGGAAUGUGGUGAUUUUCUGGCACUCGAUCUUGGAGGCACUAAUUUCCGAGUGCUACUCAUUCGAUUAAGUGGCCGUGAAGCAGAAAUGACUGGCAAGAUUUUCCGAGUGCCUGAGAGCAUCAUGCGAGGAACGGGUGAAGCGCUUUUCGAUCACAUCGCCGACUGUAUGGCGAAGUUCAUGGUCGAACAGGGUGUGAACACUUCGGAAAAGCUUCCACUUGGAUUUACAUUCUCAUUUCCCUGCAAACAAGAAGGACUGACGUGUGCGAAGCUGAUAAACUGGACGAAGGGGUUCAAUGCGAGCGAUGUGGAAGGCGCUGACGUCGUAACGCUGUUACGAGAAGCUUGCAGAAGAAGAGAUGAUAUCGAUAUUGAUGUGGUAGCAGUACUAAAUGACACCGUUGGCACCCUCAUGGCGUGUGCUUUCAAGGAAAACAGCUGUCAGGUCCGUUUAUGGCUCCUUUCAUUGUGA